GUUCCCUCCAUUCACUCAGUUGUCAUGUCGGUCAAGGGAGUGGUUCGUUUGCGCGUGCUUGCGGGGAAGGCGGCGCCGUCGCCGGCCAUCGGUCAAGCGCUGGGUCCUCUCGGUGUGAACAUGAUGGAGUUCUGCAAGUCGUUCAACGAACGCACGGCCCAAUUCAUCCCUGGCACGCCGAUUCCAGUCCAAUUGACGGCUAUGAACGAUCGCACGUUCACGUAUGCGACCAAGACGCCGCCGACGACGUGGUUCUUGAAGAAGGCCGCACAGAUCACGAGCGGCAGCGACCUGACCGGACAGAAGGAAGUCGGCACGGUCUCCUUGCGCCACAUUUACGAGAUCGCCAAGGUGAAGCAGCAAGACGAACUGCUCGACUUCAUCGACCUCCAGAGCCUGUGCAAGAGCAUCAUUGGAUCCGCGCGAUCCAUUGGAUUGAAGGUCGUAGAUAAGUAGAGAUUGCCAAUGCAUGAUAUCAUUCUGUGUACAUGGGUCUGUACAUGGGUCGAGUUUGGCCGCCC